AAGAAGCUGAAACCAAUUUUGAGGGAAUUGAGAGCAAGUUUUCCUUACGGACGCCUGCAGAGCCUGAUGAGGAUGUCUGCUACCUGGUUCCUGGGCAGGAGAACAGCCUGGCACAGUGCAACUUCAAUCAUACCAGUAAAACCUUUGUGGUGAUCCACGGGUGGACGGUGACUGGAAUGUAUGAAAGUUGGGUCCCAAAGCUGGUGGAUGCUCUGUACAAGAGGGAACCUGAUUCAAAUGUCAUUGUGGUGGACUGGCUAGUUCGAGCUCAGCAGCCCUAUCCAGUGUCGGCUGCAUACACUAAGCUGGUGGGAAAGGAUGUUGCUAUGUUUAUUGACUGGAUGGAGGAGCAAUUCAAUUAUCCUCUCAACAAUGUCCACUUGCUGGGGUAUAGUCUAGGUGCUCAUGCUGCUGGGGUUGCUGGGAGCCUGACCAAGAAGAAGGUGAACAGAAUUACUGGACUGGAUCCUGCUGGUCCUACCUUUGAGUAUGCUGAUGCCCUCACUCGUCUCUCCCCGGAUGAUGCUGACUUUGUGGAUGUCCUACACACCUACACUCGAGGCUCUCCAGACCGCAGCAUUGGGAUCCAGAAGCCUGUUGGACACAUUGACAUUUAUCCCAACGGUGGAGGUUUCCAGCCAGGUUGCAACUUGGGAGAAGCACUCCGUCUGAUUGCUGAAAAAGGCUUUGGAGAUGUGGAUCAGUUGGUGAAAUGUUCCCAUGAACGUUCCAUCCACCUCUUCAUUGACUCCCUCCUCUAUGAAGAGAAGCCCAGCAUGGCCUACCGCUGCAACACAAAGGAGGCCUUUGACAAGGGUCUCUGCCUGAGCUGCCGCAAGAACCGCUGCAACAAUUUGGGUUACAGGGUCAACAGAGUGAGAACAAAGAGAAACACCAAAAUGUACUUGAAGACUCGUGCUCAGAUGCCCUAUAAAGUCUUUCAUUACCAGGUCAAGAUCCAUUUCUUUGGAAAGACUAAUAUGACCAAGACAAGCCAGCCAUUCCUGAUAUCUCUCUAUGGGACUCUAGCUGAGAGUGAGAACAUUGCUUUCACACUGCCUGAAGUGUCCUCAAACAAGACCUUCUCCUUCCUGAUUUACACAGAAGUGGAUAUUGGUGACCUGCUUAUGCUGAAGCUGCAGUGGGAGAAAGACACCUUCUUCAGCUGGUCAGACUGGUGGACUCCUUUUACAUUUGACAUCCAGAGAGUCAGAGUGAAGUCAGGAGAAACUCAGAAAAAAGUGGUGUUCUGUUCUCGAGACGGCACCUCACGUCUGAGUAAGGGAGAAGAGGCAGCAAUAUUUGUUAAGUGCUUGGAGCAGCCUGUCAACAAGAAGAGAGAAGGUGCCAAGAAAGCCUCUAAAGAAAAUUCUGCUCAUGAAUCUGCUUAAGUGAUGAGAAUGAAGAUUUUCACACUGGGGAGGAGGAAAGUCUGUUCAUCCCUGUGGACUGGAUGUGCAGAACCAAAUAUAUAGAAAUAUUUAUCUGCUGCUGGCUUUUGGCUUGCUAUUCCUAGCUAUGUUAGGAGACUUCUUGUAAGAGAGUCUCAGCAUACAAAGUUACUAACCAUAAAAAUACAUUAUUCAAAUAGUUAAAAACAAAGAAACCUGCAAAAAAACUUGCCAGUGUCUUGAGUGCAGAGAAGUAAUAAGUAAUUUGCUUAAUUGUGGUGCCCUGUGACAAAGUUGCUUGACAUCAAAUCCUCUAUAGCAGUUCUUUAGUAUUUAUUGAAAAGAAGCAAAGCCCUGU